AUGGGACUCAAGGGCUCGAAACCUAAGCUCUCCAAGGAGGACUUGGAGUUCCUUAAGAAGAACACUAACUUCACUGAAGAGCAAAUUAAAGAGUGGUACAAAGGAUUUGUGCAAGAUUGCCCAAAAGGACACCUCACUAAGGAGCAAUUUAUCAAAGUUUAUAAGGAUUUCUUCCCAUCUGGUUCAGCUGAAGGCUUUUGUGAGCACGUAUUCCGGACGUUCGACACUGAUAAUAGCGGUUUCAUCGAUUUCAAGGAGUUCUUACUAGCCAUCAAUGUAACCAGUUCCGGUACACCUGAGCAAAAACUCGAAUGGGCGUUCCGAAUGUACGACAUUGAUGGCAACGGCACAAUAGACGAAAAAGAGAUGAUCAAGAUCAUUGAGGCCAUCUAUGAGAUGCUCGGACCAGAAGUAACGAAAUCCGCCGACGAUUCACCACGAAAGCGAGCAAAAAUGAUCUUUGAAAAGAUGGAUGUUAACAACGAUAAGGAACUAACACUCAAGGAAUUCGUAGACGGUUGUCUAGCCGACAAGGAGCUGUUCCAGAUUUUGACCAACGAAGUCAAAAAAUAG